AUGGGCGAUCAAACUACCGCUCCUGUUCCCGGCCCGCCGCUCCCCGCUGGAUGGGCUGCGCAGUGGGAUACCAACUACCAGCGAUGGUUCUACAUUAACACUCACACUGGAGUCUCCCAAUGGGAAUUCCCUGGGGCCGCUCCCGCUACUGGGGCGCAAUCGUCUCACCCACCACACCCACCUGGCGCUGAGGGCGACAAGGCGACACGCGGUGAGGCUGAAAAGUACCAAGGUGAGAAGUCCGAUAAGGACAAGGACAAGGAUGAGAAGAAGGAUAAGGAUAAGGAUGAGAAGAAGGAUAAGGAUAAGGAUGAGAAGAAGGAUAAGGAAGAAAAGUCCGACAAGGAUAAGGACGACAAGAAAAAGAAGGACAGGGACGGUGGUUCCGAUGAUGAAGGUGGAGGUGAGAAGAAGGAGAAGAGUGGCGGUGGUUUUCUCUCGCUGCUGAAGAAGGGUAAAGAGCUGCUGGACAAGAAGAAGGCAAAGGACAAGACCAAGAGCGGCGGCCAUGGUGGUGGUGGUGGCCAUGGUGGUCACGGUGCACACGCUGCUGGUGUUCACGGCGACGAAGCCCAUCACUCUGGCGAUAGCGAUCGCGAGGAGGAAGGUUCCGAGAAGUCUGGGAGUGACGACGACGACUCAUCGUCAUCUGAGGAUGAGGACGAGGAUGAGGACGAAGAAGAGGAAGAGGACGAAGAGGAGCAGGAAGACUAUGAUGAGGAUGAUUAA